AUGAUGUGCAAGACAUUCGUUGAGGCAUUCUCGAAACAUAACCACAUAAGGUUGAAAGGCCCCUCACCUUAUAAAAUAACACAUAGAUAUAGUACAACCAUUAAUAUUCAAGUUUCACCUAAUGACGAUAACAUGUCAAUCAAGACACUAUAA